AUGAAGCUGCGCAACGACGAGAAUUUGGGAUACAAAGUUAUGCUUCUGACUGGUAUGACGCGCGAGGGCACUGAAAGCAAGGUGUUCGACAAGAGGUCACGGGUGUCUUCCGUAUUGCCAAUGGAAGAAGUAUCCAAGCUCCUCGAAGCUCUAUCGCAGGUGUCAGAUGCACCAACCACAUUGCAUGGCGUAGACGGCGGCAACCUUGUGGUGACUCGCUCAAGUGAUUCCGUGUCGCUCAAGCUAUGUCCGAGUCUCAUACCAGGGCUCAACACGACGCCCGUUUCUACCCCUGCAGGAGGAUCGAGCAAGGUGCAUAUAAACUUCAUGGGUGGAAGCAACGAGGGUAUCCUAUUGAUACAUGCUCUAAAGGAGCUUAUGCAAUACUGA